CUUACACCAGCAUUAUACUGAGACACGAUAAAAAGUCUUAAGUCUUCAGUCUUGGCCCGUGGUUUUUGUAUCAGCCUUUUGGAUAGACUGGAUAUGGCUAGAUGACGUCCCAGGCGGAUCUGGUGGCACAAGCAGUAUUGCAACAAUUCUACAAAUUACCUUCGAAGCGAAAACCUGCUGUUCGUGACAAUGGCGUUCAUGAAUGGGUUCCGCUGAGUGGCAUCGUUGCUGAGAAAGAUGGCAUUCUAACAUGUCUAGCCCUGGCAACUGGCAUGAAAUGCCUACCGGCGUCAAAAAUAUCACAAUCCAAUGGCGUGGGCAUCCAUGACUGGCAUGCGGAGGUCCUGGCUAUGCGAACCUUUAACCGUUUCUUGCUUGAUGAAUGCGAGAAUAUCCUCGAGAAAGAUGACGAGUCGAGUAUCAUUCAGAGGAAGAUGAGCACUUCAAAUCUUAAUGGCACCCCUUUGCAGUUAUUCGAAAUCAAAGAUGGCGUCAAGCUGCACAUGUAUUGCUCAGAAGCACCAUGCGGUGAUGCUAGUAUGGAGCUCACAAUGGCUUCCCAGGAAGAUGAUUCAGCAUGGGAAACCCCAACUCCUGCAGAUGCAAAGCCUGGAGGUGAUGCACAAAUCUCUUUACUAGGAAGGGCUUGCUUCUCUAGGACUGGAAUUGUUCGACGAAAACCUGCUCGAGGAGAUGCGCCUCCAACACUAUCCAAGUCUUGCUCUGACAAACUUGCGUUGAAACAAUGCGCUUCACUUCUCUCAGCCAUCACAUCAAUAUUCAUCGAUCCUACCAACGCAUACAUUAGUAGCAUCAUCUUGCCAAGAUCCCAAUACUCUGAUCUUGCAUGUCGACGUGCCUUUUCAGCAGAAGGCAGGAUGAACCUCAUGGCUGGUAAAAAGUGGCUAGGAGGCUAUUCAUUCAGGGAGUUCUCAGUUGCGACGACCGGCCUGGAAUUCGAGUUUUCGAAAUGGUCUGUACAGACGAGAGCUGACAAGAUUUCGGCGAGCAACCUAGCAGCAACAUGGUCACGAUCGGGUUUCGAAGAGAACAUCAUUGGGGGAGUUAUUCAAGGCCGGAAGGCUUUCAAGACAGACGGAGCAAGUCAAGUUUCCAAGCGUUGUAUGUGGAAGGCAGCAAACGAUCUUGCUAGUAGAAUAGGUGGCGCUUCCUCUUCCACAGCAAUUUGUCCUGGUGGUGAGACGUAUCGCCACUUGAAACAAGGACAGUUGAUGGCUCACCGACGGCAAGUUAAGGACGAGGCCCGUGAGAUGGCACUGUCAGGGUGGAUCAGAAAUGACGGAGGGUCAGAUUUCCAACUAGAAAAACGUAGCAAUCAUUGACAUCAUUAGAGAUUGGUAUUUCUCCCGAUGUAAGUCGUAUUUUGUUUGUUCGUACAGAUCAAUCAACCUCAGCCAGCAUAAGGUCGCCAUUCCACCAUGACAUUCCCAAGCUGUGACCUUUUGCGUACCCAUACCUACUCCUCUGCUACUCAACAUAGAGAGCGGGGGAGUGACUGUUACGACUGCCCAAUACCAGGGGGAAACAUAAAACCCGCCUCGUAGGAGAAACUAGCCAGCAUCUUGGCCGAACAGACCUACGAUUUCACUACCCCUUCGCCCUUGACCGUGUAGAGGAACUUUACUCGACCUUGGGCUCGUUCUCGAAGUUCUCGCCCUCGACCAAGUCGGGGAUCUCGUCAUCGUCCUCACCCUUCUCCUUCUGGAGGUUCUGGUAGCUCUCGGCGAGCUUGCGCAGAGAAGCAAGGGAGUCGGGGCCGAGCUGGUUAAGGAUACCGGGGACAAGCUCGGUGAGCUCCUUGUCCUCACCGUUACCAUAGAUGGCAAAGGUGUUGGAAGGAACAGCAGCGUGAACUGUUGGAGUGGAAAGAGAAUGUCAAUAUAUACCAAACCCCAC